GUCUGAAACAUCUUUGACAUCUUUCUGAUUAUCAUCUUCCAAAAGGAGAUGAUGAACAUGGACAUGGACAUGGACAUGCCCCUUCCUGAAGAGCUCGAACUGCUCGAGCUCGAAAGGGACUACCCAGAUUUUGACAUCCCCGAACCCGAACAGGAACAGGAAUUGCAACCGCAAAAGCAACCGCAAACGCACCCGCAACCAGAAUCGCCAGAUCUGGUGGUUCUUCCAGAACCCCAAUCCAAUGGCCACAAGCGGUCGCGUUCCGACGAUCCUUCUCCAGUCAGGUCGCUUUCCGAGGAGAAGCGGGUUAGGGUUGGGGAUUCUGCUGCCACUGAGGUUGAUGCAGUUUCCAAUGACGAUGAGGACUGGCUUCAAUACUCACCUCCUCCUAGAGGCGUUCGAAUGGAAGAAGAAGAUAGGUUUGUGAAGGAGAAGGAGCUGUCAAGGUACGCUUGGGAGAUCCACGGGGAGUGUAUGCCGGUUACUGCGCCUAGCGGCGAUAGAGUUUACGCAAAACUGAACCGCAUUGAAGGGGUGGAACUCGCUAGGAAGUUGGACUGGAGAGCCAAUUCUGCUGAUCUAACUUUAGAACCUAUUAAUGCUCUCUUCGAAAGAUUGGAGCAAGAGGCUAUCGCUAAGACCAUGGAAGCUAGUUUGGAGGGCCAAAGCUAUCUAGAUGUUCCUGCAACACAAAUGGUGCAUGAGCAACUUUGGGUAGAUAAAUAUGCACCAAAGUCAUUUACUGAGCUUCUUAGUGAUGAACAAACAAAUCGCGAGGUACUCUUAUGGUUGAAACAAUGGGACUCUGUUGUUUUUGGAUCUGAUAUUCGAAGUACAUCAGAUGAUGUUUUGUUUGCUUUAAAGAGACAUUCUUCUGUUGCCCAAAAUCAGCGACCUUUCAAUUCAAAGUUUUCAAGGAGAAACAGAGGAGCCAAAUGGAGUAGUGGGAGGUAUAAAAAUUCAAGAAGUAUGGAUGGGAGUAGUAACUCACAGAGCAUUGAGGAUAUACUGAAUACAAGGACAACCAAUGUUGGUCCACCAGAACAGAAGAUUCUUCUGCUCUGUGGAUCACCUGGUCUUGGAAAAACAACAAUUGCCCAUGUAGCUGCCAGGCACUGUGGAUAUCAUGUAGUGGAGGUUAAUGCUAGUGAUGAUCGUUCUACAUCAACUAUUGAAUCCAAAAUCCUUGAUGUUGUUCAAAUGAACUCUGUCUUGUCUGAUUCAAGGCCAAAGUGUCUGGUGGUGGAUGAAAUUGAUGGAGCCCUUGGUGAAGGCAAGGGUGCUGUGGAGGUUCUUUUGAAGAUGGUUUCUGCUGAAACAAAGUCUGAUGCUGGAAGGAAAUCGUCAAAGAAGGGGUGGAAAAGAGCAACAUUAUCAAGACCUGUGAUUUGCAUUUGUAAUGAUUUAUAUGCACCUGCCUUAAGACCGUUACGUCAGAUAGCCAAGGUUCAUAUGUUUGUUCAGCCAACAGUUGGUCGUGUGGUAAGCAGGCUUAAAUAUAUAUGUAACAAGGAGGGAAUGAAAGCUAGUGCUAUUGCGCUCACUGCUCUAGCGAAUUACACAGAGUGUGAUAUACGCUCAUGCUUGAAUACUCUGCAAUUUCUCUCCAAGAAAAAGGAAACCCUCAAUAUGUUUGAUUUAGCUUCUCAAGUAGUUGGCCAGAAGGACAUGUCAAAGAAUGUUAUAGACAUCUGGAAGGAGAUUUUCCAUAGGAAAAGAAAGAAGUUGGAAAGAAAUUCACCUAAAAGCAAGUCUUUUGAAUUUGAUUCCUUGUACUCCCUGAUAUCAAACCGAGGUGAUAGUGACUUGAUUUUGGAUGGAAUUCAUGAAAAUAUUUUGCUUCUCAAUUAUCAUGAUCCCGUGAUGCAAAAAACUGUCAAGUGCUUCAAUAUUCUUGGAGUUUUUGAUGUAUUGCAUAAAUUCAUAUGGCGUACACAACAAAUGCCCCUUCAUGUAUAUUUGCCGCCCAUAGCAAUUGGUGUACAUCAUAUAGUAGCUCAAGUUCAGAAGCCAAGCAUUGAGUGGCCAAAGUCUUAUCAAAGGUAUCGAACAAUGAUGUCUGAGAAGAUUGACAUUUUGAAUACUUGGCACUACAAAGUCCCACCACAUAUUGCAAGGCACCUAUCAGUUAGUUGCAUUGUUGAAGAUAUAAUUUCUCCGUUGUUGCAUAUUCUGUCUCCACCAACGAUAAGACCGGUGGCAUUACAUCUCCUAGCUGAAAAGGAGAAGAACGAUUUUUCUCAGCUAGUUAGUACAAUGGUCUCUUACUCUAUAACAUACAAGGCUACAAAGUCAGAAAUGCUGCCUAAUCACCUAAGCCAUGAAGUAGCAAAUGACAUGGCUGUGUCUCUUAUUCCUCCAAUCAAUGACUUCAUAAACUUUAAGGACUAUGCCUCCAAUCAUCACACCCUUUCAUUACCUAUGAAGAAGGUUUUGCUCCAUGAAGUUGAAAAACAGAGAAUCUUGCAAGUUACAAAGGGAGAUGAAGUUUUUGCUACUGGAACUAUCAAUGCUCAAUCAACCAAAGCCAACCAUGGAGCUGCAGCUGAUAAGAAAACCACUGAAACAAAUACUAACAUUUUAGCGAGGCAGUUAAAUGCAAAUCCCAAAUCAGAUUCACCAAACUCGAAUCUUAAUAAAGUUCCAUGUGAUUUAGACAAUGCAAAACUGCCAAACACGGGAAACAAGAAAAGGCCAUCUAAUGGUUUUUCAAGUUUCUUUGACAGGUUUAAAAAGCCAGGUGAGAAAGGCCUCAAAAGCAAUGAUGGCUCUCUGCAGAAAGAAGAAACUUUGAAGAAAGACCCAUUCCCUUUACUAUUCAAGUUUAAUGAGGGCUUUACGAAUGCGGUGAAAAGACCUGUCCGGAUACGUGAAUUUCUAUGUUGAUAUAUUCUCCCUUUUUUUUUAACUAUUUCUAUUUUCAUAAUGUCAGUCAUAUAUCUAUUCUUAUUUAUCUCUAUAAUAUACUAGCGGUUUAACCCGGUUUCUA